CAUAGAGUUAUCAUAUGACCGAGCAAUUACACUCCUAGGUAUAUACCCAAGAGAACUGAAAACAUAUGUCCUCACAAAACUUGUACACACAUGUAUAUAGCAGGAUUAUUCAUAAGAGUCAAAAAGUAAAUACAAUCCAAAUGUCCAUCAACUGAUGAAUGGAUAAACAAAAGGUGGUAUAUCCAUACAAUGGAAUAUUAUUCAGCCAUAAAAAGUAAUGAAAUACUAAUACAUGCUAAAACACGGAUUAGCUGUAAAGUGACUGUGUAAAUUACCCUUUCUACUUAGGCAAUCACUUCCAAAUACGGCUGUACUUUGAUAUCACCUGGGGAGCUUAUGCUGCUCCCUGAGAAUCUUUGAGAGUAGGGUACCUGGACUGAUGUUUGAAAUCAGUUAGAGUAGAUGAUCUCUAAAAUCCCUUAUAGCACUAGGAAUCGUAUGAAAUCUACGAUAGUGGGUCACCAACACCCACAUUUUGGAAGCACAGGCAGUAAGAGAACCAAGCCCAAUGAACUGUUGUUCAUUAGAACAGGUCUUCCAAUUGAACUCUAAGCUGGUUCUUCUCCAAGGCAUCUCUCCACCCCACCCGCACCCCCAAGGUUGCAUGAAGAUAUUCAUAACAGGAAUGAACUAUGGCUGAAGGGAUAGGUCACACCUGAUGCCAUCAUGCCUAUGUGGGUUGCUUUAAUAAGAAAUCACCCCAUUUUGCCACUAGAGUUGACGAUAACCAGUCCCUCCCUCUAUGACAUAGACAAGGUUGGAUAGAAUGAAGUAAUGGACUUCUGACAGUCCCAGGCUUCCUGUUUAUCAGUACCUGUGUACUCAUAAGCUGAUUUAGGUUCAGAGUUAAUAAUGGGGCUGAUUUCUUGUUUACUUGUUUCCCUUAAUAUUAAAGAACUAAGCUGAAUCAUGUUCCGGAUACUGACCUCCUGCUGGCCUCGUGUAAACGCAACUGAAGAGACACGAAGGAAUGUGACCAUCAUUAUCAUUGGACUGGACAACUCAGGCAAAACUGUUCUUGUGAAGGCAUUCCAGAGACUACUCCCCAGUAGGACGGGCGGUAGUAUGAAACCUGAACUGACCACACUCCUCCUGGAUGAUUAUGAAGUUUCCGUCUAUGAUCUGAAUGGAGACAGGAAUGGCCGAGAAAUCUGGCCAAGCUACUACGCGCAGGCACAUGGACUUGUUUUUGUCCUGGAUUCCAGUGACUUAAGCCGCAUGCAGGAAGUGAAGGUCAUCUUACCACACCUGCUGUCUGAUGAAAGAGUGGCCGGGAAACCCAUCCUAUUCCUGGCCAACAAGCAAGACAAGAAGGACGCCUUGCUACUUCGUGAUAUUACUGAAUAUCUGCUGCUGGAAAGGCUAACAAACAAGAACCAGUCCCUGUGCCGAGUAGAGCCCUGUUCAGCCAUCAAAAACCGCCAGAGAAGGAACCAUGAGCCUAUAAUUGGAGGCCUGCGCUGGCUGUUAUCUGCCAUUGGGGAUAAAUAUGAAGAGCUGUGUGCUCACCAACAGCCACUCCCAUCGAGCAUCCCAGCCCCCAAGAGCACCAGAGGCUUUGGGGAAAUAUGCUCAUCAGACAGCUUCACUACCAGGAUGGGAAAGUCCGAAGAAAAAAGACAGCACCUAGGACAACACUCAAUGGAACCUAGGCCUCUAAAGCCAAUCCUACAGAAAGAAGGUAUAACAAGACCUAAAAAGAACACAUCAGUAACAUUUGCUUUAGACGAACCCAAGGAGGAGGAUGAAUGUUAUGGGGGAAAUGGAGCUUGUAACACCACUGAGCCUGGCUACAAUCAGAGCCCCCAGCUCCAUAUGCUGAGAAAGCUUUUUGAAGGUAAUCCUGGAUCAGUGGUUAGUCAGAGAAGAAAAGAUAUAAAGGCUUUUCCUCACAAUUUAUAAAACAGUAUUCGUAUUUUGAGUCCAAAACUCUUUUCUCAUACUAUGGUUGGUGGUCAGAAGAAAGAUAUGUAGAUGAAGUGCUUGGGGAUCACCCUCUGGCCGUCCAGUAUGAUGCCCCAAGAUCUUUGUUUGGAUGGCUAUAAGGUUAUCUUAAAGGUUAUGAUUUCCAGUGGUGGAAGUACAAAUUGGUACAACCUUUAGGGAGAGUAGUUUGGUUGUAUGUCUCCCUCCUACUCUCCCUCUCUCUCUCAAUAGAUAUAUAUCGAGAACUUUAAAACUGUGGAAACCCUAUGAACCAAUCAUCUCAUGUCUUGAACUGAAGCCAAAGAUAAUUACACAAGUACACAAAAAGGAUGCUCAUGGUUGCUCAAUCAUAGCAUUGUGUAUAACAGCUAAAAGUUGGAAACAAGCUAAAUGCCUAACAAUAGUGAACGGCUAAAUCAAUUAUGGUGCACCCACACAAUGGAAUACUAUGCAGACCUUAAAAGGGCUAAUGUUGACUUAUAUUUACUGACAUGGAAAGUUUUCCACAACCCAAAGUUUUGUUAGAGAAAAUGGCAAUUGAGAG